GAUUCUCUCUCCCCUCCUUCAAAUCUCUUACUUGGGGCCCCAUCCUGGCCCUCUGCACCCUGUGAGUCAGGACUGAGAGGGGACAAAGGGUUAACAUUGCAAACAGUGUUAGGGGAGUCUGUGAAAACGACAUCACUAGGGAUCUGACUUGACAAUGACUGCCUGCACUGAGGGCUACAGGACUUGCCCAGGUGGGAAACAGCUAAGCAGGUUUGACCAGCUGACCUGGACCUGGCCAAGGGCCCUGUGCUCCAUCAUGGCCACCCCACCAUUCUGGCUGACUAGGAAGAUGUUUUCCUUCAAGGUGAGCAAAUGGAUGGGGCUCAUUUGCUUCCGGUCACCAGCCAUCUUUUCGCCCAACAUUCGCCAGAAGAAACUAAUCCACAAGCUUCAGGAAGAAAAGGCUUUUAGGGAAGAGAUGAAAAUUUUCCGUGAGAAAAUAGAAGACUUCAGGGAAGAGAUGUGGAAUUUCCAGGACAAAAUCCAUGCUUUCCGGAGCCAGAUCUUGGGCUUUUGGGAAGAGGAGAGACCUUUCUGGGAAGAGGAGAAAACCUUCUGGAAAGAGGAAAAAGCCUUCUGGGAAAUGGAAAAAUCUUUCCGGGAAGAAGAGAAAACCUUUUGGAAAAAGUAUCGCACUUUUUGGAAGGAGGAUAAGGCCUUCUGGAAAGAGGACAAUGCCUUAUGGGAAAGAGACCGGAAACUUCUUCAGGAAGACAAGGCCCUGUGGGAGGAAGAAAAGGCCCUGUGGGUAGAGGAAAGAGCUCUUCUUGAUGAGGAGAAGGGCCUGUGGGAGGACAAAAAGUCCCUCUGGGAGGAAGAGAAUGCCCUCUGGGAGGAGGAGAAAGCAUUCUGGGUAGAAGGUGGGGGCUAUAUUGCUGAGGAGCAGAUACCUGAAGACAGGCACUACAACAUCAAUGGAGAGCCACGAUCGCCAGCCUUCUUUCGAGGCAGGGCAUGAGCCCAGGAGAUGAAGGGCCAUGGGGUCCAGACUCUGUUGGAUUGGAAUUCAAGUCCAGGGUGACCUCAUGUUCUGGAGAAAAUAUGCACUUAUUUGUCUCUUUGCUUCAAAAGAUCUAAUAAAGUCCUGAGGAGAGGUU